UGCCCCAAACAACUCAAUGUUCAGAUUUGCCUUAGACUUCCACCCACCUGCAUCUAUUCAAUGAGAAGAAGCCAUUCAGGAUAAGUCGAUCAAGCCUUGGAUUGCCACUCGAUAAACACUGCCUCUAUCUCUAUCGAAAAUUGUUACUUGAAAAUCGGGCAGAGGGCGUUUGUCAGCAGCCGACAACAACCAUCUGUCUCUCCCAUCUGAGGUUGUUGCGCGGGCACGCGACAUAUGUCGAGUUCCAACCUACUCGCACAUUGUAUUGAUGAUCUCCAGCUGAGCGCCCACCAUCGGGAAACAAGCCUUGAACAGACCAGGGUGCCGGGGCGUGUUUUGGGCCCUUGCAAGCGGCAAGUGAGGGCGGCCAACCCCAAGGGCCCGGCGUGAUGGCAACGCCACGAGGCAGAGCCGUGUACAAAAAGAAGGAGGGCAUCAUCAGAGUCUCGGAUGAUAGAGCCGCAGUGAUCUGGACCCCAACGCCGGGGUCUGGACCUCCAUCCGUUUCUCUGCCCAUUGAGACCAUUACAAAUCUUCAGCAGACUCCAGACCAUGUGGCAAAGGUCAUGCUCAAGAUUUUUGCCAAGCCUCCCGGCGAGGCGGGGGAGCCGGUCACUUACCUGUUCAACUUCACCUCUCCCGACGAUGCUAGAUCCGAGGCUAAUGCCAUCAAGGACCUACUCUCCAAGCUGCUGGCAGAGGCCCGUACUGCCGAUGCUGGUGUCGCCCCUAAGGGCUCGGCGGCUCCCUCGCCAGCUCCAGCUGCAGCUGCAGCCAACGGGGGUGGGUUGAGUAGCUCUGCCGCCAUGUCAUUUGCCGGCACCGUGAACACCGGGAAACCACGCCCUCUCGACGACGCGCAGUUGAGGCUCGACAUUGUCCUGCAGCAAUCGCUCAUGAAAAAGGACAGGGGACUUCACCAGAUGUACAUGGAGGCGCGAGCUACCAAACCCGAGUCCAUCUCAGACGCCACAUUCAACACCCAGUUCUGGUCCUCUCGCACAAGCCUUCUACGUGCGCACGCCAUCGAGACCAACCAGAAGCGGGGCCAGUACAACGUGCUGGCAUCCAUCAAGAUGACUCCCGAAAGUGAAGGAUCAGCCAAGUACAAGUUGAACUUCACGCCAGAACAGAUUCUCAUGGUGCUGACGCAGUACCCGCUGCUGCGCCGUCUCUACAACGAAAAGGUGCCCAAGGAACUCUCCGAGGUCAAGUUCUGGUCCAAGUUCUUUGUCAGCAAUCUUGCUCGGGAGCUCAGGGGCGAGAAGCUAGACCCGAAUCACCACGAUAACGUUUUCGACAAGUACACGGCCAGUGACAACGACAAGGCCAUUUUCAGCCAGUUUGAGUCACAGCAGCUGCCUCAUAUCAUCGACAUUUCCGGAAACGACGUGAACCAGGGGGGCAUUAAGGGUGGCAAUCUGUCGGCUCACGACCCGAACCGGCCAGAUCGUGAACGUGGUGGCCCCGCCAAGGUCCUGAACAGCCUGAGCGAGAUGAUGCUGGCGCAUGUCAGCCCGGUGGAUGGAGACCGGUCCAAGGCCGAAGCUUUGAGUAUGCCCGAGAAGGGGUACCGAGAGCUUGCGCUGCGGGAUCUUCAUGAGACUGCGGCUUCGGACCGGAUUGUGCUCAACGUCAGGGACCAGGCGCACUUUUUUGAUCAGACGUCGGGCCCCUCGAGGGAUACGCGAGAGUACGCGGCGCAGAUACCGACGGUGGUGCUUGGUGAUCUUGGUGCGGACUUGUCGGAGUUGGGACAGGGCGGCGAGUCGGGCCCCAGCAGGGGCAUCGAUCUCCACGCUGCCAUUGGGGUCAACGACGAAAGCGACAGCGACGACGGCGAGGGACGGAGGCGGAAGGCGCCGCGCGUGGGGUCGCGUGAGGCGCGCUCGGCAGCACAGGCGCAGAUCUGGCGCGCGCUAGCCAGGAGUAGGGGAGACACUCAGGGGCAGGUCGAGGACGAGGCCUCACCCAUGGGCCUUCCCGUGGAGCUGGCGCAAAAGACAUUCAUCACCAACGCGACGACAACCGAGUUUCUCAAGCAGUUUUGGGGCGCAUUCCUAUCAGGUGACCCCGAUCGGGCACAGGAGCUGGCGUACCAUGUCGAGGCGCUGAGGAAUUCGGUAUCGCGGAUCGAGGCCGUGGCGGAGGAGGCCGAGGAGAUGCGCCAGAGCAUCAUCGCAGCGAGGAAGCAAGAGAUCAUGGGGCAUUACCGAAGGACCAGGGAAAAGACCCGGUUCAGCGACAAUGAAAUCAAAGGGGGCAAGAAUGCAGUCAUGACACUGCUGAGACCGACUCUCGACUCGCUCAAAGCCGCCCAGGACCGCUAUCAGGAGGCAUUGGCGGCCGAGGGCCUCAAGGCGUCGACAGAGUGAGGAUUUGGAUAGAGGUACAAGCAGGUUGCAAUAUGGUGGAUGAUAGACCUUCGAUGAUAGACCUUCGAUUCCGAAUAGAAUGUGUUUCCGUUCUUUGUGGUAUGGUUGGAUCCUGGGAGUCGUAGAUGUCUACUCAGCUAGGAGACACCCACCUCGCUGGAUUCACAUCUCCCUACCUAGCCACUGGCUACUAUUUAUACACAACGUACCCGCGUCCCAGACCAUCUGUAUCUUGGAGGCGUGCCUCUGAAGCCAUC